AUGGAGCAUGCCGGACCCAAAGGCCCUUCUCAGGGCCACACAAAUGUGACUCCCGCGCGCAGUUCGCGCCCGCGCAUAGUUACGCGCACUGGCCGCGAUGGAGUAGCCCGGUCGAGCUCUGCUCCCGGGCGCCCCUCCCGCCCCUUCUGGACGCAACCCCGUCAAUGGGGAUUACCUGAGGCCGCCGCCGCAGAGGACGUGCCUGACCCGGACCAGGAAGUAUCACCACGCACCGCAUUCCUGUCGGAUGCCGUGCUGAUCGACCGGUUCGUGUCGUCGGGCCUCCUGUCGCGCAAGCUGCGCGGCUGGUUGGCCUCUUACAUUGAAAUGAGACGAGGCGACCUGGCGCGCAUACCGCCGGGCUGCUUGGAGGAGCCAUCGCCGGAGGAUGAACAGGUUUUGUUGGCAAAACUUGCCACCCUCCCGAUCCCUCCGGGCAAGCCACGGGCGAGGCGCCGUCGCCUCCUCAGCAGCGACGAGGAGGAGGAGCAGGUCGAGGCGGCACAGGCCAAGCGGCCUUGCCAGACUCCCGCCCUCCUUCCCGCUACCACCACCACCACCACCACGGACUUCGAGAGCAUGGACACGACCGCAGCCACACCCGCUCCGCCCACCUAUGCGGCGGUAAGUGCAGGCGCCGUCGUGCCACCACUCCACCCACGCGAUCCACGCCGCCCCCGCCGUAUCAACGUGGAGGCCGCCGAGGAGCCGCAACCGGGCCCGUCCGGCAUGCAGCGCGCCAGUGCGCCUGCGCAGCCGACCGCCCCCACACCGAGGGCGACAGCAGCGCCACCUAGCGCUGCCGCCCCCGCAUCCACCGCUGCUACAACGGCGCCACCUAGCGGCGCGCCGAAAACACCCCGCUACCCGCCUAUCGUGGUUGAGUCGCUCCCAAAUUGGGCGACUCACCUACGUAACAUCACCGCCUCGCUGGGGCGACAGGUAAGCGCGCGCGCCUACGGGACCGGCGUGCGCUUCUCGCCUCAGGACGAGGUGGAAUACCGGGCGGUGGACAGGUACCUGCGCCGCAUUCAGGAGGAGGGAGUUGAGAUAUCCUGGUUCUCCUACUCCCCUGAAUCGGAGCGCAGUGUGAAGGUCGCCGUCCGUGGCCUUCCCGUCAACACCACGCCCGAGGAGCUCAUGACCGCGCUGCGCGACCGGGGAUAUGACCCCGAGUUCGCGCGGCCCAUCCGCGCCCGGAAAGGGCGCCCCGGAUGCAUAUUCUUGGUCAUACUAAGAAAGACCGAGAACCUCACGCCGGGCAUAUAUGCAGUCAAAGAGCUGCUGUACAUGCCCGGCGUCACCAUAGAAGCGUGGCGCUCCAAGCGGGGCCCCGCGCAAUGCCACAGGUGCCAGGGCUUCCGGCACUCGUCGCACAAUUGCCACAGGCCGCUUGCCUGUGUGCGUUGCGGAGAGAGCCACGCGACCGCGGACUGCCCGCGGCCAAGAGACGCCCCCGCCAUCUGCGCAAAUUGCGCGGGACCACACCCCGCCAACCACUCCUCUUGCCCGGUGCUGCGGCGCGAGGCCCGCAAUAAAAAGGCGGGCCCGAUAGCGCGCACCACGACCACACAGCAGCAGCCGCAGCAGCCGCGCGCCGCACCGAAUGUGCGGCCUAGCGCGCCGGCGGCGCCACCCGCGCCCGUAGAGCCGGUGCCUCGUGGAGAGGCCCCCUCCACCGGUCUUAUGGCGGCGGCGAACAACGCCCCCGCAACCACAUCCGCAAGAAGAAACCGAAGGGGGCGCAGCGGUAAGAAACGUUCCCGCACGCAGCCCCCUCGGACCGCUACCGCCUCCGUGCUCCCUGCCGGCCCGCCCGCGCACAUUCCGCAGGCGCCGGCGCAUGCGCAGCAGCGCCAGCCCGAGCGCACACGAGCGCAGCCGCCGACCUCCGCUCGGGUAACUUCGGCGCAACGAUCGCAGCCGAACUUACCCGAACCCGCCCGAGUACAAACCUCGACACAGCUCGGCCCAGCAUCGGCACAGCUCGACCCAGCCAAGCGGACUGCGAUGCGAGUGGCGUGCCAGGUGCUCCAGAGCAUGCUGGCCGCGCUGGAGGAAGGCGCCGACCCGAUCCCCAUCAUCAUGCAGGGCCUGCUGACUCUCGCUCAACAGUGA